CAGGAGCUGGAAGAGAUGAACCUUGUACAGUUGUACGUUUUCGUUGCCAGGUGCAUCGCCUAUCCUUUCUCCGCUAAGUAUAGGUACGACAUAAUUCACAAACCUCCAAAACUGACAAACCUUCAACUGAUGCUGGCUCGAGAGAGAUUUCAAUCGUUCCUCAAUGGAGAUUUGAAGCUGUCGACAGAUGAAGCGUUCACGACAAAUAUAGCAAAGUUCAACGACGUCAUAUUAAAGAGGGAGGAAGUUACAAAUGUCGUUAACGGACCCGGCUGGACUAUGACGGAUUUUUCAGAUUUGUUCAAAAAAGAGAUUACUCAGUACGUGGCUCGUCUGCCUGAAAUAAAGGGCCUCUCAAAAUCAACUCUCAUCGACAACUGGAUGAACAAGUUUGAGUUUUUAUUCAAAGGUGAAAGUGAUAAUAAAAAAGUUUUUGUUCAUUUGAACACUGUCCUAAAAUGCAUUACAACAAAAAUGAACAAGGAUCAGCUAUUUGAACUUUUUCAAAAAAUUCUCGGAAUAAAGAAACAACAGCAUUGGACGCUCUACAAGUUGCUACAAGUUGAUAACACUGAUGAGCAGGCAGCUCAAGUCAGGAGGGAGCUAGAUUACAGGAUGAAUGAAGUCAAAGAACGGCAAAAGAAAGCAGAUGGCAACACAGAAAUGGACAGCUGUUACAUUGAAGAGUUGAAACUAUCGAUAGAAUCGCUGAAAGCAUCACUGCAGAACGUUCCAGUGUUCAAGGACGAAAAUAAUAAGGAGCUCUCUAAGUUUAAAAUGGUUUCAGAAGAUGAGACGAUAGAAAAAAACGAUCUUGUUUUGUCAUUCAAAGUGCAAGUGGUGAUAAAAGGUCUUCAAGGUUUUGUGGAGGAUAAAAAAGACAAAUUAAUUUUUUGCACUUUUGAGAUGGACGGUUGUGAUAAGUUAUCAACGAACAGGGUUGAUCCUUCAAACAUGAGUUGGGAUGACCAAGCCGAUUUUCUAACGAGUAGUCCGCUGCCGAACGUACGAAUCAGGCUGUGCAGGGAGAGUUCUGGCGUCUUCAACAUCAACGAUAGGGAACUUGCAAGAGUAGAUUUGCUACUGAAAUUAUCCAACACCAAAGCAACGGAAGAAUGGAUGGAGAUGCAACAAGUGUACAAGAAAGAUCCCGUCAGCAAGAACGUCCUCAAAAUAAAACUGUUGACGCAUGUCGAAAAACCCCCGAACGUCAAACAUUUUGGCUAUCUCUUUGCUCUAGGAAAAACCAUUUGGAAAAAGUGGAAAAAAAGAUAUUUUUUACUGAUACAGGCUUGUGUAUCUCAGUUCACGUUUGUCCUGUGCAGCUAUCGCGAGAACAAAACUCAACCAGAUGCCGUCCUGCCUCUGCAUGGUUUCAUCGUCGACUUUUGUGGCGGUGUGCCAGGUACAGACCUCUCGAACUUGUACCUAGUGUUGACGAAACAGGGCUUCGAUGAAAUAAUAUUAACGUCCAGUAGUAACGAGAGUGACCUGAUGCCCUGGUUGGAUGCAAUCUACCGAGCCACUGGACAGCCCUUCAAACCUCAGUUGCCCACUGAGGCUGACAAACAGGAUACAGCCGUCUAUAGAUCAGAAUCCCAGCGUAUAAAACGAAAAAAAUUGCAAGUCAUGGUCGACGCCUGUCCUUCUAAAUUUGAUCACGAGGAGCUGUUUGUUACUCUGCAGCGGAAGACCAUUGAAUAUCGUUUGAGUGAUUCAGAUAUAUGUUCUUCAGGAUGGUUGAGCGCCGAUCAGAUAUACGUACUCGAUGAAUAUUGCGCCAGAUAUGGUGUGCGUGUUUUUACCAGACAUUUGUCUUACAUAGAAAUACUCAUGGACCAUGCGUACUCCAACAUCAGCAUCGACCCAUCGCUUCUCUACCAAAAGUUCGCCUUCUGUAUGGCGCAUGUUCACGGAAACAAGUUGGACCAAACGUACGCAGCCACGAUAGAUGAAAAAAAAAAAUUUCUGAUCGUUGCGAUCAAACUGAAAGAUUUUUUAGAAUACCAGUUCAUUCACUUCAGGUAUACAACUUGCUUUCCAUUUGGGAGGCCGAAGGACUCUUUGAAAAUAUGCUUAUCUCUAUACGAAAGUGACACCAAGCAUUCAGUAGAUCCCAUAUCGGCUGAAAAGAUAGUAGAUGAAUUGAAGAGGUGUAUAUCUAAUUCGACAUACUUUGACUACAUCCACGUUGCUCAACUUUGUGGCAUUGAAGAGGCAUUGUUCAGUACUAAUUUUGAGAGAAACCGUACUUCAUUUCUGGCUCUGGCGGAACAUUGCAUUCAAAUUCAACAGCAGAUAUUUUGGUUUCAUGCAGACGUAAGAAUAGCUUUUGUAUCAUACAAGGACAUUCUGACGGAGAAUGGAGAACUUUUGUGGUCACUCUUCAUACUCGAUUUUCAUCAAUUCACGGACAAACACCCUCUGACGGAACUGCUGUGGAAUUUAUUCUCCCUCUUUAAUCUCUUAAACCAAUAUUUCUCCUCGCAAUCAUACUUGAAUCAAAGAGAAUCUCAUAAAGAACUGUGCAAAAUAUUUGCCCCCAUUGUCCUUCACUACCUGGAAAGCAUGCACCAAUCGAUCGUUUAUUCUCUCCGUCUUAAUUUUGAUAGAGAAACGUGGAAACCUCUC